AUGGACGAGAUGGAUGAGAAGAACGUCAACGCGGUGGCCAAGAGCCCAGAAAGCCAGAGUGACGGCGAAAAUCCAGAUAUCGACUGGACGCCGGAGGAAGAGCGUCGGCUGGUGCGAAAAAUCGAUUUCAUUAUCAUGCCGUUGUUGAUCCUCGCUUUCUUUGCCCUGCAGCUCGACCGUGGCAACAUUGGCAAUGCCUUGACGGAUUACUUUCUUAAGGAUAUUGGAAUUACUCAGAACCAGUUCAAUGUUGGCCAGCAGUUGUUAUCUGCAGGGAUCGUCAUUCUGGAAAUACCUAGUAAUCUAGUUCUGUACCGCAUUGGACCGACGCUCUGGAUUGGAGGUCAGAUUGUGGCCUGGGGAUUGGUUGCGACUUUUCAAGCAUUUCAAAAAGGGCUAGGAGCAUACAUGGCAACUCGCAUUCUCCUUGGCCUUUGCGAGGCAGGUUUCAUUCCUGCAGCUCUCUUCACUAUGACGAGAUGGUAUAAGAGGGACGAAACGAGCAAGAGGUUCUCGUGGUUCUUCAUUGGCAACAUGCUAGCUGCCGCCUGUUCAGGCCUCAUAGCGUACGGAAUUCUGCACAUGAGAGGUAUCGCGGGACUUGCUGGGUGGCAAUGGCUCUUCAUUCUUGAGGGAAUUUUCACAAUUUUAGUCGGAAUCGCCUUUUUCGUUUGCUUUCCCAACCAAGUCAACAACCCAGUUUCGAUGCUUGGCUUUCGCUAUUUCUCCGAGCGAGAAGCCGAAAUCUUACACAGGAGAGUCAUGAUCGACGACCCUUCCAAGGCUCACUCGAAGCGCUCAGUGAGCUGGCCAGAGCUGAAAUCUGCGUUGACGAAUUGGAGACUUGUUCCACACGUUAUUUUCACUAUCGCUGCUCUGGCGCCAUCUUCGACUCUGUCGUCUUAUGCGCCGUCUCUUGUGAACUCUAUGGGAUUUGAGAGAUUGGAAUCCAAUGCCAUGGUUUCAGUUGGCGCUUGGCUCUUGAUACCAAUCAACCUCUUAUGGGGAUUUCUUGCCGAUAAAACGGGAGUUCGUGGUCCAUGGGUGUUUCUAGGCCUGUUGACAUUCUGGGGCUUCAAUCUUGGCAACUUCCUGCUCAUUGACGCCGGCCGCAAUUCGAGAUUUGCCAUGUUGACCCUAUCAACAGCGUUCUCGUUUCCUUGGCACCCUGUCAACGGCGCUUGGGUCUCUGCCAAUGCCAAAUCCGCCGGUGAGCGUUCUAUCACCAUGGCUAUCCUCAUCAUGGCUGCCAACUGUUCAGGCAUUGUUGGCAAGCAGCUUUUUAGAGAAGAGGAUGCACCAAAGUAUCGUAACGGAUGGACCGUUAUAACAGGCCUCACUACUGCCGCCGCAGCUUGUGGUAUUUGGGCCAAUGCCCAGUACUAUAUUCUCAACAAACGAAAACUGAAUCGAACAGGACUCUCUUAUCAGUACUAA